CAUACGCCGAAGAAUACUUCAUGAAAAAAAUCCUUCGCAGGAUAAAAACUGAUUAAAGGAGCGCAUUUACACAAAACUAAGCGCUAAAACUAAAGGGGCGAAGGCACAAACGGUGCAAUCGCUAACGGACUGAGCGAGAAUAACGCAAUUAUUUAGCGUGGUGCUGGCAGAAUGUGGGACUCCAUGUUUCUGAGUACCUUGACGCCGAAGUUUUAUGUCGCACUUACGGGCACUUCAAGCUUAAUUUCCGGACUUAUUUUGAUCUUUGAAUGGUGGUACUUUCGCAAAUAUGGCACUUCGUUCAUCGAGCAAGUCUCCAUCAAUCACAUAAGCCCCUGGAUUAAUGGCAACGACGCACAGUCCGACAGCAGCAAUGGCAGUGGCAGCAGCAGCAGCAGCGGCUCAAGUAGCAGCAGCAAUGGUGGUAACGGUGGUGGUGCGAUUGGCGGUGCCGCAACCACCGGCACUGGCACCGCCGCCAUGCCCGAGUGUAAGGUUUGGCGCAAUCCGCUAAAUCUGUUCCGUGGCGCCGAAUAUCAACGCUUCUUUUGGGCGACAAGCAAGGAGCCGCUUACCUAUUACGACAUGAAUCUGAGCGCACAGGACCACCAAACAUUCUUCACCUGCGAGGGAGAUGCACGCAAGGAGGAGUAUGAAAUCAUGCAGACAGCCUGGCGUGAACGCAAUCCAAUGCAACGCAUCAAAUCAGCGCACAAUGCGCUGGAAAUCAAUUCAGAAUGUGCACCCGCUUACAUAUUGCUGGCCGAGGAGGAGGCUAUGACCAUUAUGGAGGCAGAGAAAAUACUCAAAACGGCACUAAAAGUGGCCGAGAUUAAUUAUCGUAAGUCACAGGCCACACAACAUCAAGGGGCCAUUGCGGAUGGAGUGCAUCGGCGUGAUACAAACGUGCUCAUUUACAUUAAGCGACGGUUGGCCAUGUGCGCACGUAAGUUGGGCAAACUCAAGGAGGCGGCCAAAAUGUUUCGUGACCUCACCAAAGAGAUACCCUCGAUAAUGAGCGUGCUGAACAUACACGAGAACUUGAUUGAGACGCUAUUGGAGAUGCAAGCGUAUGCCGAUUGCCAUGCCAUAUUAGCUAAAUACGAUGACAUCUCGCUUCCAAAGUCGGCGACAAUUUGUUAUACGGCCGCGCUGUUGAAGGCGCGCGCCGUAGCCGACAAAUUCUCGCCAGAUAUUGCGUCGAAACGUGGCCUGAGUCCGGCUGAAAUGAGUGCGGUAGAGGCCAUACAUCGUGCUGUUGAAUUCAAUCCGCACGUACCGAAGUAUUUACUUGAGACAAAGCCACUCAUAUUACCGCCCGAGCAUAUUUUGAAGCGUGGCGAUUCCGAGGCCCUGGCCUAUGCGUUCUUCCACUUGAAGCACUGGAAACAGGUCGAGGGUGCCCUCAACUUGCUGCACUGCACCUGGGAGGGCACAUUCCGUAUGCUGCCGUAUCCGCUCGAGCGUGGUCAUCUCUUCUAUCCAUAUCCAACCUGUACCGAAUGCGCCGAUCGCGAACUGCUGCCCGCUUUUCAUGAGGUCUCCGUCUAUCCGAAGAAGGAGCUCCCCUUUUUCAUACUCUUCACGGCUGGUCUGUGCUCGUUUACAGCGUUGCUGGCACUUCUCACGCAUCAAUAUCCGGAACCUAUGGGCUUGUUGGCACAGACGGUACUUACUUGGAUUUCGUAUCCAUUUCAGUUGCUUAAGGAACGUAUCGAGGCAUUCUGGCCGUGUCUUCAGCAAUUGUCGCGCGUCUAGACUCAACGAACCACAAACUAACGCACACUCUCAAUCAUAAACAAACACACACACACACACCACAUAUUCAUCUGGCAAGUGAAUGGCAUUAUUGAAACACAUUCAAAUCAAGCUACAAAACUCAAAUACAAACAAAAACGUGCAUACAUACAUAUAUAUUUUGGAUCUUAAUAUGUCUGUGUUGUCUUCGUGAAAUAAAAGAAAAGAAAAACUAACAAACGAAAGUGAUCCUAACAUUUUGCAAAGGCAUUUCCAUUGCAAGGCUACAAAUAAUGAAGUAAUUUUAAGUUUUAAUUUUAUUUUUUAUUAUAAUGAAUACGAACAAACCAGCUACUAAAUGCAGAAAUAUUAAUUUCAUUUAAUUUAUUAAAA